UGUAGUUUGUCCCAAUCACUUUGGUUGUACUAGCACGGACUAGCAGAGCCAGCAUUAGGCUAUGUUCAUUUUUUCCCUUUGAGUAUUGUUGCAAUAAGCAUUCCUUGUACAGCGAUGGGCAUGUGUGACCACAGAAGACGUGUUUGGAUAGAAUAUCUUCUGCUGCUUUGUUCAUGGAGAUUGUGUUCUGGACAGUUCGUGUAUUCCGUCUCAGAGGAGGUAGAUAAAGGCACAUUUGUUGGAAAUAUCGCUAAAGACCUUAAUCUAAAUUUGAGAGAACUGGUUUCGAGAAAGAUUCACAUUGUAACGGGAUCUGAAAGGAGGUAUUUUGAUGUCGACUUGAAGACAGGUAAUCUUUUUGUCUAUGAGAGAAUUGACCGAGAAGCCCUCUGCUCAAACUCAGUAAAAUGCUCCAUUGAUGUUGAGGCGAUAUUGAAUAAUCCUAUGCAGAUCCAUCGUAUUGAAGUAAACAUUGUGGACAUAAAUGACAACCCACCAUCGUUUGCGGAGCGCAUUCAUGUUGUCAAUAUGACUGAAUCCGCCUUUCCAGGGGACAGAUUUCCUUUACCGUUCGCCAGUGAUACGGAUGUUGGAAGUAACUCUGUGAAAACCUACAAACUGAGUCUAAACGAACACUUCUCUCUGGAUGUACAAAGCGGCAGUGAGCAGAGUGUGUCUUCUGAGUUAAUACUACAGAAAGCUUUAGACCGAGAGAAACAGGAUGUGAUAAAGCUUGUACUGACUGCAGUUGAUGCAGGAAAACCUCCACGAUCCGGAACUCAACAGAUAGUAAUUCACGUAAUAGAUGCCAACGAUAAUACUCCGAUUUUCUCCAAAUCUCUCUAUAAAGUGCAAGUGUCAGAGAAUGUUGCACUUGGAACUUUAAUUCUAACUUUAAACGCAACAGACUUAGACGAGGGGGUGAACGGUGAAAUCGAAUACUCAUUCACUGGGAAAGGAGAAAUGGGCACACAACAUGUCUUUCAACUCAACCAGCAUACUGGUGGAUUAACAGUUGAAGGGCGUUUGGAUCACGAGGAAAACCCUGCGUUUGAAAUCCGCGUACAAGCAAAAGACAAAGGUAAUCCACGAAGGAGUGCCUAUUGCAAAGUCAUAAUUGAAAUACUUGAUGUGAAUGACAAUUCCCCAGAGAUCAUAGUGACGUCACCCCCUGUCGCAUUGAAAGAGAGUGCUGAGAAAGGAACCGUUGUUGCUUCAAUAAACGUGCGUGACAAAGACGGUGGGAAAAAUGGACUCAUCAAGUCCGAAGUAAUCGGAGAUGUUCCUUUUAAAUUACAGUCGUCUUAUAAAAACUACUACUCUUUAGUUGUAGACGGGCCUCUGGACCGAGAGAGUGCAUCUCUUUAUAAUGUAACUAUUAAAGCCACAGAUGAGGGGACCCCACCUCUCUCCAGCACUAGUGUUAUUACUGUACACAUUUCUGACGUGAAUGACAACGCGCCAAGCUUCCCAGAGCCCAUACUAAACGUGUAUAUCAAAGAGAAUAGUCCAGCGGGGCUUCGUGUUGGCAGCGUGACAGCGAAUGACCCUGAUAUCGAUGAAAACUCUAAACUUACUUACGCAAUAUCGGGACCCAAUGACGCGCAUUUUUUUUCGUUUGUAAACUUACAUUCUCUAACGGGUGAACUAUACAGCUUGCAGUCAUUUAACUACGAGGAGAUAAACACAUUCCAGUUCCACGUUCAGGCCACGGACUCUGGUGCUCCUCCACUAAGCACCAACGUCACUGUCAACGUUUUUAUCCUGGAUGAGAAUGACAACAGUCCUGUGAUUCUCCCGCCAUAUUCUGACCACGGCGCCGUUAAUUCUGAGAACGUUCCCUAUUCUGCUGAAGCGGGAUACUUUGUGGCCAAGAUCAGGGCCGUAGACGCCGACUCUGGUUAUAAUGCGCUGCUUUCUUAUCACAUCUCCGAACCAAAGGGGACCAAUCUCUUCAGAAUAGGAACCAGCAAUGGAGAAGUACGGACUAAGAGACGCAUGAGUGACAAUGACUUAAAAACUCACCUGUUGGUCAUUCUGGUGUCUGAUAAUGGCGAACCUUCACGGUCUGCCACAGUAUCUAUUGAUGUUGUGGUCGUUGAAAGUACAGGUGACACGCAGACAACUUUCAGACAGCUGCCUGUAAAGGAGGAGAGUUUCUCAGAUUUAAAUCUGUAUCUGCUCAUCGCCAUUGUGUCAGUAUCAGUGAUAUUUAUACUGAUCCUCAUCAGUUUAAUUGUAAAAUGCCACAGGUCAGACGGCAGUUUCAGCAGGUACAGCUCCCCAAUGAUCACCACGCACCCUGACGGCAGUUGGUCUUACUCCAAAUCUAACCAGCAGUAUGACGUGUGUUUUAGCUCCGACACACCAACGCCGUUUCCACCUGCUGAUGGUGAGCUGAUCGGUAUUAAUGGAGGGGACACUUUCCAAAGGACUCGAACUCUGCCAAACAGUGAGAAGCUUGUGUAG